GGCACGCUGUGUGUGUUUAUCUGCCUUGCUUGUGAUCGAACGCUGAAUUGUCCGAAUCAGCCAUCCCUCAUCUCUCGCCAACGACGUGAACCUCUGCAUCGCCACAAUCGAAAGUCCAGCAACCCCUCCCAUACUUUCCAUCGACCCCGGAUAAUCAGACUGCACGCGCAUCAUGGUCGCCGACGCUCUCAUCUACCACCCCUCUGUGGCGCAUUACUUGCGCUUUGUCGCAACCACCGUCGGGCGCGACAAGCUGCUGCGCACCCUUCAAUACUUCGCCCGCUUCUAUGCCUGGUAUCUCCUCCGCACCAACGGCACGGCUGCGCAGACUGCUCCCUGGGAUGCCAUCAAGAAGCAGUUUGGCCUGACCCGCAAGCUGAUGCGCGUCGGCAAGAACGUUGAGCACUUCAAGGCCGCCGCUGCCGCUUCCGAUGCCAAAACCACGGAUCCCAUCCUGCGCUACGCCGCCGUCGGCCGCCAGCUCGGCUACGCCGGCUACCUCUCCUUUGACAUGGCCACCGUCCUAGAUGCCGUCGGCAUCCGCAAGUCGCCCCGCGCCAAGACCCUCCAGCGCGAGGCCUAUCGCUUCUGGGCCAUGGGUAUUGCCUGCAGCGUCGUCGCUCAGGUGUACACGCUCUAUCGCCUCCAGCAGCGCGAGGCGCGAGUCGAUAAGAAGGAUGGUGAAGGCGUGGUUGAGGGGAAGAGGAUAGCCCUGGAACGAGCUGCCAGCCGACUUCAGCUCCUGUCUGACGUCUGCGACCUGUCCGUGCCAACCUCAGCUCUGGGCUGGGUUGCCGUCGAUGAUGGUCUGGUCGGCCUUGCUGGAACCGUCAGCAGUCUCAUCGGGGUAUAUACACAGUGGAAGAAGACGGCGUAGCGUAGCGUGGUUGCUGGUUCUGAUGCACCACAUCUUUUUUAUACAUCUCAUGUCUGCGCUGUGCUUGGUCAUUUAUUCAGUGUACUUGGAGCAAGUUGAGUAACGAGUGCAAGUUCAAUUUGUUCGGAGGUCAUGGUCAUUAUUGUACAAGAAACAUCAUUGCGAUCCGGC